GUAAGAUGUCUCAAGACACAACUCACUAACAAAUCUAAUUAUUCAACAGGCUGAACCACUAAAAUGUCGCCUGAAAUUUAAAAAUAAAUCAUUCUUUUUGCAGAGGAAAUCUAAAAUCUCAGCUUCUCGCAAGCUCAUGCUAAAGAGCAUGAUGGUUGCAAAGGCCAAGGAGGAGCUGGAGCAGGAGCUGGAGGAAAAAGAGGAGCAGAAGGCAAAGUACCUGGAAGAAAAAUCUCCUCCUUUACACACCAGUGGCAUGUCGUUAGCAGAGCUGCAGACAUUAUGUGAAGAGCUUCACGCCAAAAUAGAUGUGGUGGACGAGGAGCGGUACGAUAUUGAAGCCAAAGUCUUGCACAACACCAGAGAGAUCAAAGACCUAAACAUCAAGGUACUGGACCUGCGAGGGAAGUUUAAGAGACCCACCCUGAGGAGGGUGAGGGUCUCUGCUGAUGCCAUCCUGCGCUCCCUCCUGGGCUCCAAACACAAGGUCUCUUUGGAUCUACGUGCUAAUCUCAAAUCAGUCAAGAAGGAGGACACAGAAAAGGAGAAGACGGUGGAGGUGAGUGACUGGAGGAAGAACGUAGAAGCCAUGUCGGGCAUGGAGGGCCGCAAGAAGAUGUUCGACGCAGCGAAAGGCCAAAGCCAGUGAACAGGUGUUAUUAAAGACAAAGCUGGCUCUCAUCGUACAUCCAAUACCAUCACUUGUAAACUAAAGAGUGCAGAAUACAGCACCAAACAUACAUGCAUGUACUCUGGAGCACUUCACAGGUUCACAGAGGAUCUUUUGGUAUUUUAUAUUCAGGACAUUUUCACACAUUUUCAUUGUGUUUUGUUUCAUUAUCACUGAAAUAAACGCAGCAUACACUGUC